AAGAAUGGACUCGCCCACACGGCCAAUCUCUCCUCAGCACCUCAGAGCUGCCUUGUCGGUUUUUCGCUGCAGGUUCUGACCAAAUAUUUAAUUCAUUUACCACAAAAAUGAGUGCAUUGGAGUGCUUGGCUCAAGAGAGGAUAUGGUUUGACAAGCCUCGUUAUGAUGAGGCUGAACGAAAGUUCUACGAGAGGAUGAAUGGCCCCACACUACCUCCCCAGGAUUCGGGUGCUAAUAGUAUUCUUCAAGACAUUGCUAGAGCACGGGAGAACAUCCAGAAGUCUCUUGCUGGAACAACAGGAGGCAGUAGUGCUGAACACGGGGAACUUCUCACACGCAUGAAGAAACUGGAACUUGAGAACCACAGUCUACAAAAAAUGGUGGAAGAGUUGCGUUCUGCUCUCUCUAACCUGGAGAGUCGAGUGUCAGUCCUGGAAAAAAGACCAGCAACCCCAGCAGUAGUGGUUAAUGGGAUUGCUUCUACUAAGACUGCUCCUCCUCCGCAGAAAACGUCUCCUGCAUCAGAAGAAGACGAGGAUGACGAUAUAGACCUGUUUGGCAGCGAUGAUGAGGUGGAUGAAGAGGCAGAGCGUCUCAAAGAGCAACGGCUCCAGGAAUACGCUGCCAAAAAGGCCAAAAAACCGGCACUCAUCGCCAAAUCUUCCAUCCUGUUGGAUGUCAAACCUUGGGAUGAUGAAACAGACAUGGCAAAGAUGGAGGAGUGUGUGAGAUCGAUCCAGGUCGAUGGGUUGCUCUGGGGUGCCUCUAAACUGGUUCCGGUUGGUUACGGUAUUAAGAAGCUGCAAAUCAACUGUGUGGUUGAGGAUGACAAGGUGGGAACAGACCUACUGGAGGAGGAGAUCACCAAGUUUGAAGACUAUGUCCAAAGUGUGGAUGUAGCAGCUUUCAAUAAGAUUUAAAGCACUAACAUACUUUUCACUCAUUCCUGUCUGCACAAUACAUGCUGUUGAUGAAAAAACAUUUGACAAUAAAGAGCCCUGACUUUA